AAGUACCGUCAAGCCGAGCAAGUACAACGUUACUAUGAGAGUACAAGGUUGUUUCUCCGAUUCAACAAUUUCACGUCAUGCUGCCCUUGUAUACACCGCAUCUCAGCGUCGUUGUGUUUGUGAACUCGGUCUCAAAUUCGCAGUCGCCUUUUAAUUGGGCGAUAGUUCUCUUACAUGAGUUCAACAGCCGACAUGACUACCUUGUUCGAGCCUUGAAGCAGAUAAUACACAAGGUAUCCCGCUCAAAACAUUCUCGAUAUAAAUCAAGUCCUGCUGGUAUCGGCUGGUCGUCUUGAACUCCCCCCACUGGGCUCAAGUAAUCCUCGCAGUUAAGCUCUCCGAUUUGAAUUUUCCCCAGCUGACUUCGUUUAUCUCAAUAGGGCUAGUCGUUACCAAGGUGUGCAAACAUGAGGAACGUCUCGAUAUGCGAAAGAACACCACGGGAACACGCAAUUUAUGAGCAGAUUGCUCGAGAAAGUCAUCUGGGGUUUCGCCAACCACCACGCCUUCCUCCACCACCACAGUACCCAUUUUUAUCAUGGUUGUUUUUCCGACAGACUGAUAAUCUUCUAUACCCUCAGAUGGGUCACCGUUAAAUUUUACUCUCACAUUUACAAAAUCAGGCAAGGUUCUGCGCCGGACAUGGAAGGGGAUGUAAUGCUUACGAAGAGCGGGGCACUCGACGUGAGGCAAGUUCUGAACAAAUGGGGACUUGAAGAAUGUGUAGCCAUCGACCCGAUGCGAUGGACACCCGUGUACAGAACCCGGGAGAACCAUUUGUCUCCGCUGGCAGUACAGAUACUGUCAGAGAUAUCAGGUUGCAUAAUGUUUGUCGAGCCAACAGCGUCUAAAUCAACGACCAGAAAACGCGCUCUCCGAGAGGCAACUGAGAUGGUGGCCCACAGUAUCACUGCCUUCUUCACUCUGAUUUUGAUGACCAUACUUCAUUUGGUUGUCUCUUUCCUUGCUCGUUACACGCCAUUCGUUCACUGGUCAUCGGAAGUCAAGCGUGCUUGGCGUUUGGAGGCUGCUUCGCGUGCGUAUUUCAUGAAUUUAUAUGGGAGAACGAUGAACAUCACCUGGGGAAUCGUCUUAUUCGCGACGGCCACAUUCUGGCUCUAUAUGACGAUGGAACAUAUCCAACUCGCCCCGAAGCAGAGGGCGUGGAACUGGGCAAGGACUGGCUCAUUUACACUAACGCACUAGUAGCAUGAGGAACUUCAAAAGCCAUUGUACUAUUAUUUCUGCACUUUCUUCCUAUCAUUAUGACUCUUUAUCCACCUAUGCUAACUCUAAGCCAAUUACAUAUGCCACUUUAUGCUACCUACUUUUCUCUAUGCUCUCCUCUACUGUCCACUGUAAUAUAGUAUGGAAUCGUAUCUCUUCUCUGCACCGAGCCGGGCGGGCCGCGGUGCUUCACGG